UCAUCAUUCAUUGCCAUACACAGCAAACCGAGAAACAACACUCUUCAUCCAACACCGGAAAGGCACGGAAAUCACGAAACACGUGUCACGCGCUAAUUGAUAGGUCAAUUCCGAAGCAGCACCAUCCAUCCAGAUUCGCGAACACUUUCGUGCAAAAGCUUGUUGCCCCGAAAAAAAAUCGGCGCCUCCAAAGCUAACUGCUGCACUUUUGGUGCAUCAUUUCGGGUUUGAACUUGCAUGCACACACAGGUGCAGCAGCAGCAGCUUCGUUGUCUUACGGUCGAAUCAGCAUUGAAGCGCUGGCAAAAAAUCGAUAAACUGUUCUAUUCUGGCGCGCGUGCAAAUUUCGUAAUCGCUAUCUUAGCUAUGGCUGUUUGGGGUUCUCUGAAAGUCAGUGGAGGCAAGCAGGGAGUGACUCCAGUUUCGCAGAGUAUGCGUUUCUCCGAAACGCUAACGGCUGCCUUAGGAAACCGCAAAAGCAAGUACAAAGAUGUUUCCAAAGAUCUGAACACCUACAUCAACAAGGAGGAAGAGGAUAAAACUAUUGCCGUUGCUCCGUUCAGUGUGAACAAAAUCAAAGCGAUGAUGCAGAAGGUGAUCCGUUCACAGUUCAUCAUUCGCGAUGAGGAUGGAGAUCUCAUCAAGUGGAUCUACAAUCCGGAGAAGAACCUCGAGAUGAGCCAGAAGAUUGCCAAGAGCAUUAAGGAUCGUAUCAGGAGUUACAACUUUUCGCGGUAUAGGAUUGUUAGUAUUUGUUCGAUUGUUGAGAAAGAUGGUCAGGGAGUGUACUACAAGAUGAAGUACAUCUUGGAUCCUUACUUGGAUAACUACAUUCAGUACGUACAUGACAUGGCCAAGUUCUGGAUUAUUGCAACUGUUGUACUAGUGCACAAAGAUUGAAGGAUUUCAAUAAACUUACGUUUGAGCAUUCGAAGUACAGAA